CCACACCCACAACUUCACUCAUAAUGUCUCCUGAACCUCUCAAGCGCGUUUUGGUCACUGGAGGCGCAGGCUAUAUCGGCUCUCACGUCGUCUACGUCCUUCAAGCGACAAGACAAUACAAAGUCAUCUCCAUCGACAACUAUCACAACUCAUACCCGAGGGCCGUCGACAAGCUGCAGCAGAUCGCACGCGAAUCGCUCCCUGAAAACCCGACAGAGCAGGACAAAGAUUCCGCGGAGAUCGACGCGCAUACUGUCGAUUUGACAGAUAAGGCGGCAGUGCGAGGUGUCUUUGAGAAAUACGGCAAGGGCGGGAUUUAUGGCGUCAUUCAUAUCGCUGCCUACAAAGCUGUUGGCGAAUCGACAGAAAUCCCCCUCACCUACUACGAAAACAAUGUCUCUGCUACUAUCUUCCUCCUCCAACUCAUGUCCGAGUUUGACUGCACGAAGUUCGUCUACUCUUCCUCCGCCACCGUCUACGGUACCCCGCCGGUGAUCCCGAUCCCGGAGUCGACGAGGCUGAAGGCGGAUAGUCCAUACGGGAAGAGUAAGGUUAUGUGCGAGACGAUCGUAGAGGACUUGGUGAACUCUGAUCCUCAAAGGUGGCGCGCAAUCUCGCUUCGGUACUUCAAUCCUGCAGGCGCCCACCCAUCAGGCUUGAUCGGCGAAGAUCCUCGUGGCCGACCAGGUAACCUGCUCCCAUUGCUGGCACACAUGGCCGUCGGGCGCAUCAAGGAGGAUGUCCUGAAGGUUUUCGGAAAUGAUUACCCUACUCCUGACGGCACCUGUGUUCGUGACUACCUUCAUGUCCUCGAUCUCGCCUCUGGCCAUCUCCUCGCUCUCGACGCUCUCUCUGACCACUCGAAAGUCUUCGAGAACACGCCUGGGGAGGCGAGGUAUAAGGCUUAUAACCUUGGACGGGGUAGGGGCUUCAGCGUGUUGCAGAUCCUGGAGGCGAUGAAGAAAGCGACUGGAUUCCAAUAUGGGCAUGAGUUCGUCGGGAGGCGACGCGGCGAUGUCCCAGACCUGACCGCGGACCCCACUCUGGCCGAGAAAGAGCUGGGCUUCAAGGCGCCUCAAGAUCUCGAGACGAUGUGCAAGGAUCUCUGGAACUGGCAGUCGAAGAACCCGGAGGGCUAUGGUGAGGACUAAGCUUCUCGCCUUGGCUCUCGCGCCGUUGUACGUUUUUGGAUGAUGAACGCUGACCGAAGUUGAAGUUUGGAAAGACGGGAAGCUGGUGAAGAUUGAGGAGGCUUGAAAGAAAAGUCGAUGAAGAAUGGAAUUGGAAUGAUGGACGGCCGUCGGACUAAUCAGCAAUUAUUGUUGGAUUCAUAUUUUUCUUUUCUUUUUGCUUACCUCUACUCUCCUCUGCCCUCUACCUCCCACCCCUCCCUCCUCCCCUCACUUCUCACUCGUAAACCCGUAUUUUUACUAUCUACCCGACGUGCCGGUGCAUUCGUGAUUUGUGUUUAGUGAUACAGACGAAGAAUACUGUACAGAUCGUACAUACGGUACAUACAUACAAACUAGAGAAGAAGACCUAAAGAUGCCUAUGUAUUUGAACUUUUUUCCCCCUUAUCCCCCCUCCACAACCUCGUAGCUUCAACGCUUCAUCGCUUGUCAUUCGUCGUUCGUCGUUCGUAAUUCUGGCUAGCCGGACCAUGACCGUUUCGAUACUUCCUUACCUUUCUUUUAUUGAAGUUCGUUCCCUUCGAACGCCGUUCAAAA